AUGGUUGCUUCCUUAGAUUCUUCCCGUCCUAUCAUGGCACCAAGUGUCUCCUCCAAAGGCAAUCGCUUUAGUACCUACAGCCAAGCCAUCUCUAUCGAAACCACCGAUUCUGCUCGAGAAGAAUUCACCGCUAUCGAAGAAGGGUUCGACAAGUUACACAAUAAGAAGUUGGAGAGUCAACGUUGUGAUCUGACGACGGAGAAGAGAGACAACAUGGGCAAGUUGGCAUUGGGAGCCAAGUUGGAGAGGGCAUUGGGUCGAAGAAUGGGUAGUCAGGAUGCCGUCAUGCGAAAGAAGUCACCUUCACAAUCAUCUGCCGAAUCACCUACAUUAUCAAUGAAUGAGAAGACCGCUCUCUCCGAGAGUGAAAAGGAGAAUGCCGCAUAA